CAUCCACAGAGACAAGACUUUAACGAUGAACGACUCUUCCAAGAAAGAAGGUGACAGUCUGAUUCCUGCAGAUGAAAAGCCAGAGCUGAGGAUCAUCCUGCUUGGGAAGGUCAGAGUUGGGAAGAGUUUUUCAGGAAACACCAUCCUGGGCAAUGACCUAUUCCACUCAAAGCCCGGUCUAUCUCCUGUCACAGAGAAGUGCCAGAAGGAAAAGAGGAAAAUUAACAACCAAAAUGUAGUUGUUGUUGAUACUCCUGGUCUGUUAAGCAUUGACCAAACAGAAGAGGAGAUUAUGAGAAAGAUCAAGAAAUCCAUCAAACUUGCCAAACCUGGUCCUCAUGUGUUCCUGAUUGUGCUGAGUGUGAGAGAUAAAUACACAAAGAAAGUAGAAGACAUGGUGAAAAGCAUUUGCGAUACUUUUGGCAAAAACACAAUGGAUUACACUAUGGUGUUGUUCACCCGUGGAGAAGAGCUGAAAGGUACCAUAGAGGACUUUAUUCGUCGCAAUGAAAAUCUCCACGAGCUAAUCAAUAAGUGUGAUUAUGGAUACCAUCUUCUUGACAAUCAUCCCGAAAAGGUCCCUGAGCUACUGAAGAAGAUCAACGAUAAGGUUCAGGCAGAAGAAGGAAGCUACUACACCGCUGAGAUGCUCCAAGAGGCUGAAACUGCCUUACAACAGACGGUCCACUGAAAACCUCCAAUGGACAUUGAAAUGAAAACGGAGCCUUGAUGGAGUCGUGGUGCAGCCUGAUCCUGUAGACAUAAUGUGUUACUGUUCUGAUUUCAUAUGAUAAUGACAUAAAAUAUGAUCUUGUUGUUAUUCCUUGUGUCUGAUUUUCAAAAUACUUAAUACUUCAACCAAAAAUAAAGACCUGUAACCCUCCA